AGCUGUCAACGUACCCGGAUGACCCCGUCGUACAUGAGUAUCGAGCGGCAUUUCGAAAACGUUACUGAGGAUAUUUCGUAUGUCGUAGAAAGGAGGAACAGAUGGCGUGGGGCGUAAUAGAAAACGUCAGACUUUUAUGAAGCCAAGUGGUGAGAUCGCAAUUUCAACAUGACGUCACCGAGAUAUCCGGCACCGACACGUGACUAUAGAUCAUGGAGAAACUCCUCCGGAGUGACGACGGUCCCUCUUUGUUUGUUCUCUUCUUCCAUCUCGGAAACCACGGAGCACCUGUCUCUCGAAGAAACGAUGGCCAGUCCGGUCUCUGACGGAGAGCCUGGCAAGGGAACCAGAGUAAAGCAAUUCAAAUAUCCCCUCGGGCCGCGGUGGAUCAUAAACAGGAACGCUAAAAAUACUUCCGAUGGAGUACUUAGUUGAAAUUCGGUCAUUGUCCUUGGUGUUCAUCCACCAUGACCUCCUCCAAGACACAGUACAAUGUCUCUCUUCGGGGAGACGCGAUACUCACCAGCUCCCGAUGGAACAAGGGCACUGCCUUUUCCCUUGCUGAGCGCAAGGCUUUUGGUCUCACAGGGCGAUUGCCGUAUCGCGUCAAUACUCUUGACGAGCAAUGCGAACGCGCCUACGACCAACUACAGUCUCGGGACUCACCUAUACGCAAGAAUUCCUUCUUGCAGAGCUUAAAGGACCAGAACUGGGUGCUUUACUUUGCGUUGCUAUCGAGGCAUCUCAGAGAACUCGUGCCUAUCAUCUAUACCCCCACCGAGGCUGAUGCGAUCGCCAACUAUUCCCAUCUCUUCCGGAGGAGCGAGGGAUUGUAUCUGACCUUUCCUGAUCAAGACACGAUGGAGCAAGACUUUCUCGAACAGAUCAGAGGUCGAAGCAUUGAUCUCAUUGUAUGCUCCGAUGCGGAGGCUAUUCUGGGCAUUGGUGAUCAAGGUGUUGGGGGAAUCGGGAUUUCUGCGGCCAAGUCGGUGAUAUACACACUCAUAGGAGGCAUCGAUCCUUCUAGAGCUCUUGCCGUUACGCUUGACGUCGGGACAGACAACGAGAAUCUUCUCAAUGACGAGCUUUACGUGGGCUGGCCCAACAAACGUAUCCGUGGAGAGCAAUACGACCAGUUUAUCGACAAGUUUGUGCAGCUUGUUCGAAAGUACUUCCCUCAUUGCCUACUCCACUUCGAGGACUUUGGUGUGACGAAUGCCCAACGUAUCCUCGAACGCUAUCGGGACACUCAUUCAGUAUUCAACGAUGAUAUUCAAGGAACUGGUGCAGUUACUCUCUCUUGUGUCAUGUCUGCAAUUGGCAUAACGAAGACCAAACUUUGUGAUCAACGAUUCAUCGUCUACGGUGCCGGCUCCGCCGGACUGGGCAUCACGAAACAGCUACGUGAUGCCAUGGUCGCUACAGAUGGCACUUCAGAAGAAGAGGCUAAUGCCAAAUUCUGGCUCGUUGACAAGCACGGGCUCAUCAAACAGAGCACACCUGACGUUCGCAAGGACCUUCACGCAUUCAUUCGAUCGGACGAAGAAUGGGCAUCGUUCACCGGUGAGGUCGGUCUCCUGGAUGUAGUUAAGCAAGUAAAACCGACGGUGUUGAUUGGGUGCUCGACUCACGCGGGUGCUUUCACGGAAGAGGUUGUGAAGACGAUGGCGGCACACUGUGAGAGACCGAUCAUCCUGCCUCUGUCGAACCCGAGUCGAUUGAUUGAGGUCGAUCCGAGCGAUGCGAAUGAGUGGACGGGUGGGAAGGCGUUGUUGGCUACGGGUAGUCCAUUCCCUCCGGCUAAGAUGCCGAAUGGGAAGGAUUAUAUCAUUGCCGAGUGUAACAAUGCGCUGAUUUAUCCUGGACUUGGGUUUGGCGCUAUGCUUUGUCAGUCUCGCAAGAUGACAGACACGAUGAUCAUUGCAGGCGCACGUAGACUGGCGUCUCUGUCCCCGGCACUGAAAGAUCCAGACGAUGCACUUUUGCCUGACUUUGGAGACGCGCCUCAGGUGAAUUUUGAGGUGGCUGUCGCUGUCGCUGAGCAGGGCAUCGAAGAGGGGAGUGCGGGUGUUGAUUGGUCGAAGGAGGAAGUGCGAGAUAAGGCAAAGGCAAAGUUGUGGGAGCCAUGUAUAUGCUGGAAUAUGUGUACGAUAAGCAUGGAGAAGCCUAGACCAGAGGAAGUUGUGUAA